GUGAAAUCGAAAAAAAAAGCGAAAAUUUUUUCACAAAAAUAAUUUUAAUUAAUUUAACUAGUUUCCAGUGUAUUUAAAGUGAUAAAAAUACAACAUUAACAUCCAUUAGCUAUGGAUCCAACAAGUCCAACUGGUAUUAAGUGCAAAUAUUCAACAUAUGAGUGUAAUUCGACAGCAGAAAAAAAUUUCGGAUUUUGUUUGAAGCACAUUCUUAAAGAUCAGUCAACAAAAGCAUCAAAAGAGUACACAAACUGCAGUUUUAUAUCAUCCAAUGGUAAUUCAUGUACAAAUGCACGACAAAUAGAUACAACAACACCUUACUGCUAUGAACAUUCGAGGAUGAAUCAAAUUAAUAAAAUGAAAGCAUCAAUUGGACGGAAAAAGCAGCUAGACUCGUCGGAAAUCAUUGUAAGCAAUUUAAGUCAUUACCUACAAAAUGAGAAAUCAAAGCCACAGUCAACAACAAAGAUUGGCGAGGAUGAUGAAAUAGCUGAAGAGAUUUCUGUAACAUCAAAUGUUGAUCCAUUCUUUGAAAUAAAUGCAAAUGAGAUAAAUGGACGUGGAAGGAAGAUAUUAGAUUAUGCAUCCGACGAUAGUCCUGAAGAGGACUCUGAAUUCUCAGAUACACCAUUAACAACAUUAGCAAAUACGUGGUUUAAUGAAAUUGAUAAUUCUGACGACGAAAGUGUCGAUUCCGAAGGUGAUACGGACUUAUUAAAGCACGCAGGAAUCUUACAGAUUGAGGAAAUUGUAAAGAUAUCAAAGGAGAAAAUGCAGCGAUUACAGUCACUAUAUAUUGAUCAAUUUCAAAGGCUACAGAGAGUUAUGAAGGACAAGAGAAAGAAUUAUUUACAGGCAUUAAAGAAAGAAAAGGAAGUUCAUUCCAAUAUCUACGAUCAGUACAAAGAUUCACCAAGAGAACGAAAGCUUUAUGCCAAAUUUAAAGCAAUGAAUCAUUAUCAUCAGCGUAAACACGGUGUUGAGGCUAUUUUGUAUCGCAAAUAUCUCGAAAAGCGUCAACAAGCUGAGCAAUCACAAGCCAAUGUUCCUUUAAAUCAACAGAAAAACGUUCCAAAAUGUUCAUUUACUGACGGCGUCAAGUGCUUAGAACGGCCUUUAGUGCACAAUAAAUAUUGUCGAAAGCACAUAAUGGAAGAUAAGAAGCAAAUACUAUUCAAGUCAUGUGGAAUCGAUAAAUCAAGCAUUGUUUGUCAAGAGCCUGUAGUUAAUAUCUUUGAAGAUUCUGCAUGCGUUCUACAUACAAGCUUAUAUCAACUUCCAAGAAUCUACGUGAAAAAGAAGUAUGAAUCUGAGACAGAGGAAGAAGAUCCAUCAAUAAAAGAGAUUAAGACGGAUAUUAGUGAAGAUAUUAAGCCAAAGAUUGAGGAUAUUGGUACUAAUGAAGUCGAGAGUGUUCCUGAAGACGAGGAUAUUAAAAUCAAUUAAUGUUAAUUAUUUCAAGAAUAAAAGAAAUUUUUCAAAGUUUAUU